AUGCAUCUUGUGUCUUGCGAAUUUUUAUUAUUAUGAAUUUGGAAUUCUAAAUAAUUCUAGUGCGACUAUAUUGAGAAACUUCUGCGUCACAUGAUCUUGAAAUCCGACGCUUCAACCAAUCAAAUUUAUACAGUUUUAACCUAACAGUGUGCAAUCUGCGAACUCCAAGGUUAAUAAUAAUAAUAAAAUAGGCGGCUUGUAAAAUGAAAAGGAUCAAAUGCUGUCUAUAACGAGAAGUGUAAAGUUGUAAUCGCUAUCGGCUACAGCUUGUAUUUAUCGUUUGCAUGUGUUCGCGGGAAAUUGUUAAAACGCGGUUUACAUUUGAUUAUCACAUAAAUUUUGUAAAUUGUUCAUGCUUAUUAUAAAAAGUGAUGAUAUUCAGAAAAUCUGAUGUAAUUUUUUGUGUAUAUGUUUCAUUUUGGAUUUCUUUUAGUUCUCAAAGAUAUGUUCUGAUUGGAUUAGUGACUGAUUCAGAUAAGUAAAAUAAAGUACUGGAAGAUGUCUGAAUCAGUGAAUGUACAGCCAGACCUUUUCAAGGGUUUGAAAUUCUGCUUAAUUGAUGAAGGGGAUGUUGUGGAUAAGAUUAAAGCUAUUCUGUUGGCUGGUGGAGGUACUCACAACAGCUACUUGUCUGACAUGGUGACCCAUGUGAUUUGUGAUAAUCCAGAUAAUCCGGGUGUGAGUGAAGCACAAGAACUGUUUGAAAAACCAGUUGCCACAAGUCGCUGGGUUAUUACAUCUGCAAAAUGCAAUAAGCUGUUACCUUUAUCAGGAUUUUCAGCUGUUAAAAAUCAGCUUUUUUAUGGCCUAGUUUUCUGUGCUUCUCAGAUAAGUGUUGCAGAUAAGAAAAAAUUAUGGGCUAUGGUCACAUUUUUUGGGGGCUCCUUUCAGCUGAAUUUCACCAGGUCCUGUACUCAUUUAGUAGUAGGCAAGCCUGAAGGGGCAAAAUAUGAAAAGGCUCUUACUUGUGACUUAAAAAUAGUAACUCCAGAUUGGAUUUUAGACUCAGUUCGAAAUAAGUAUCGUUGUGAUGAAGACUUAUAUCAUCCAAGGCUUCUAAUUCUUCCAGAACCUGAAGUACCUGAUAUACCAUCUCCUGGUUCUCCAUCAUUAACAUCAGCCCUCAUAUCUCUUGAUAAAAUAAAUAUUGAUCCAAGCAUUGUUACUUCUUCUCAAUCAUCAGAUCAAGUCUUCCUACAAAAUUUUCCUCAACAGCUUAAACUCUCUGGCUUGGACAACAAAAUUGCUGAUGACAUCCUCAGUAGUUUGCCUUCCGUAGAAAAUAUAAAAACAGAAGCAAAUGCUCCUCAGUAUUCUUCUGAACAAACAUUUACUCCCAAUAGAAUAGUAUCUUUGUCAUCAUCUUCAUCUCAACAAAUAAAUAUUGCUGUCAGACCUCAAACAUCAUCACCUGCUCAGCAAAAUGCAUUAUAUCAACAAAGCCUACAACAUCAGCAGAUGUUACAGCAAGGGGAACAAAAGCUACACCAAGCUCUUCAGCAAAUACAGGCUCAACAACAACAGCAGCAGCAACAUCAACAGCAGCAGCGACCUCCUCUACAGUCACCUCAAGCUCAGAUUUUACAACAAAAAGCUCAGUGGCAGCAGCAACAACAACGCGUAACUUUUACUCAGCAGCAACAAAUUCAACAGCAUCUCCUUCAAGUACAGCGCUUACGUGCACUUCAACAGCAGCAACUGCGAAAUAGACAAGCAAUCCCAGCUGCUCAAUUUGCCCAGUUGCAGCAGUUACAACAACAACAGCAGCAACAACAAACACAGCAGCAACCAAACCCUCAAGCUCAUCUCCAAAGACAGCCAUCCCCUGCAGCUUUAUUACAAAAACAGGCACAAAUCAAUACUCAACAACUUCCUCUACAGCAGGCCAUAACUCAACAAAAUCAACAGUCUGUAAUGCAAUCACCACUUCUUCAACAGCAAUCUGGAGCACAAAAUCCUCCAUCUCAAAUACAUAUUCAGUUGCAGGCACAGAUGAGACAGCAGCAGCAGCAACAACAACAGCAGCAGCAGCAAACUUUAUCUCAGCUGCAACUUCAGCAACAGGCUUUACAAAAACAUCAGUUACAACAACAGUUACAGCAGCAGCUUCUGAAACAGCAACAUUUGCAACAUCUUCAGCAACAGCAGCAAUCACAGCUUAAUCAGCAAAGAGCUUUAAGUCAGUCACCAAAUAUGCCUCCAUCUCCUUUACACAUUCAACAACAAAAUAUUUUGCAACCAUCACCUCGACAAUCACCUUUGCAGCAUUCAUCUCUUCAACACUCACCUCAGCAACAAGUUCAAAAUCAAUCUUCAGGUGUUCAGAUACAGCACAACCAAUCUCCACUUCCUUCUCAGCGUCCUCAAACACCGCUACAACAAGCAUCUCCACAACAAUCUCAUCAUUCCCAGCUCUCUGUUCCUCUUUCUCCUCUGCAGCAAGCUCAGCAGAUAGCAUUGGAAAAGGCUCAGCAGACUGCUGUUGAAAAACAGCAAACUGAAUUGAUCAAAGUUCAGUUAAAACAGGCUGCAUUGGAGCGAGCUCAGGCCAUUGAAAAGGCUAGGAUUCAACAGACAUUAGAAAAAGUACAAUUGCAUCAAGUUGCUAUGGAAAAGGCUCAGUUACAGGCCGGAAUAGAAUCCGCCCAUUUACCUCAAAAUCUUCUGCAGCAUGCACAACUUCAAAGAAGUGCAGGACAUCAAUUACAACUUCAACAACAGCUACACCAAAUACAGUUACAAAAAGCAAGCCUACAACAAUCUGUUCAGGCUCAGCAAUCAUCUCCAAAAGUAGAAAUUCCUUCAAAUCUUCAACAAACCCAAAUAUCUCAUUCUGUUUCUCAAUAUACUGUCCAACAAACUCAAAUCCAGGCUGCAUCUAAACCCUCUCAGCUUCAAGGAUCUGGACAACUUCAACAAACAUCAGUGCAACGAUUGCAGUUACAACAAUUGUCAGUGCAGCAAUUACAACAGCGAUUACAAAUGCAACAGAAUGCUCAGAGGUUGCAAAUGCAACAAGCAUCUCAAACUCAGCAAUUGCAACAGUCUGGAACAUCUGUUCAUCAGCUUCAACAAUUGCAGUUACAACAAGGAGUUUCCCUUCAACAGUUACCACAAUCAUCUUCUUCUCAGCCUUUGCAGCAUACAAACUCGCAACCUAUGCAACAAGGUUCUCCUGCACCUCAGCUUCAGCAGUUACGAAUGCAACAAGGUUCACCAGCACAGCAAAUCCAACUUCAACAAGGAUCUCCUGCACAGCUUUCACAGGGGUCUCCUGCUCAGCUGCAACAGGGAUCUCCUGCUCAUUCUUCUAUACAGCUUCAAGGCUCACCAUCUGCACAACAUGUACAACUACAACAAGGUUCACCUGCGCAGCAUUUACAACUUUCUCAAGGCUCUCCAGCAUCACAUGGGCAAACAUCUGUUCAGGGAUCUAGUCAAUCUAUUCAAGUUUCUACCCAACAAACUCAACUUUCACAAGUGCCUUCUCAACAAACUCAAAUGCAAGUGCCUUCCCAACAAAUAACACAGCAUUCCCAGCUGCAAUUACAGUCUCAAGCUCAGAUGUCUCCACAGCAGAAUCAAGUGCAUCAGUCUUCUCAAAUUCAGCAGAUUGUUUCACAACAAGAUUCUUCACAACAGGCUACAGUACAAGCUUCUCCUCAGGAUGUGCAUGCACAGUCUCAAUUGCAACAAAAUCUUAAACAGUUACCUUCUCAAUCAACACAGUUAUCACAAGUUUCAUCACCAUUGAGUCAGAAUCAGCUGCAAUUAACUCAGAACUCUUCCCAGCACUCAGAAAUACAACAAAAUCAAUUACAGUUACAAAUGUCACAGGCACAGAAUCAAACAUCAUCUCUUGAAAUGAAUCAGUCAUCUCCAUCAAACUCCAUCAGACAAACUUCUCCUGUCCAAAUGCAGUUUCAUUCUUCUCAAGCCCAGUUACAAAAGAUACAACUCCAGAGAGUUCAGCAAGCUCAGUUGCAGCAAUCUUCAGCCCAACAAGUUCUAUUAAAACAAGUAUCUUCUCAGUCACAAUUACAGCAAGGAAUUUCUUCUCUUCAACAGAGCUCAUCUCAAAGUAGUGGCCAACAAAUUCAAUUGUCUCAGCCUGCAGUUCAACAAGUUCACUUGCAUGUCUUACAGCAAGCCCGCUUACAAGCUCUACGUCAGCAACAAGCUCAAUUGCAACAAUCUAUUACUCAAGGAUCAAAUACAGUUUCUCAGUCGACACCAGGGAACAGUACUCAGUCAAACAAUUUACAACAAAACCAGAUCCUGCAGACUUCACAAGAUACUCAGAUGCAACCUGGUCAAGCUGUUCGUCAGUCCUUGCAGUCUUCUCAAAACUUGCAAAGUCAACUUGCACAGAACAAUUCUCAACCUGCAAGAUUACCAUCUCCGUUACAACAGGCUCAACUGCAGCAGUUAGCCCAAUUACAACAAGCUCAGUUACAAAAGCCUGGAUUACCUCAAACUGUUUUACAACAAAACCAAUUACAGACACAGUUACAACAAAUUCAGUUACGGCAAUCAGCUUUGCAACAAGCACGGUUACAGCAACCUUCGGCUGGAUCUGCACAACAAAUUCUUUCUCAAGGCCAUCUUGCAAGAUCUCAGCAGCAACCUCAAGUACAGACUCAAAUCGUUACUAAACAAAUUCAGUUGCAACAGCAGUCUCCUCAGAGUGCUAGUACUCCUUCACAGACACCACCUUCUCCUCAGUUACAACAGCAACCUCGUUUUCCACAUCAACUUACUCCUGCUCUACGAGCAGUGCAAAAACAGUUCCCUGCAAAUGUACCAGCUGCAAAUCAGCCUCCAAUGCAUGGUCAACCUCCAGUUCAAGGUAUUCACCAACAACAGCUGUUACAGCAACGACAGUUGCAACAACAGUUGGCUUUGCAGCAGCAAUUACGCCAAAGACAACUGCAGCAGCAACAACAACAACAAAUUCAAAAUCCCCAGCACCCACCUCAACAAGCAGUUCAACAACUUCUAACUAGUCAACCUCCCGUGAUGAUGAAACCCCCUCCACAGUAUCCUUAUGACCGCCAACAGCUUCAAGGUCAACCUCGUUUACAGUAUCCUGCACAAACUAGACAAGUUUCACCUCAGCAGCAGCCUGCUCAAAGAGUACCAUGGCCACAAGUUCCUAAUAAGCCAGCCCAAUUUCUUAGACGUUCCCCUGGAGCAAAUCCACCACCUUCUCCCUCUCAGUGGCAACAGGCUUCUCCGAAAGAAGAAUUGACUCAAAGCCCUCAACCAGCUCAACAGCAAGUUAUGUGGGCUCAGAGACCAGUGUCUGCUGAAAAUCGUGAAAAUACUACUCCUGUUGCUCAGAGUGGAUCUCAAUCAGUUUUAUGGCAACCAAAUCAGCAACAAUCUCAAUUAAAUCAACAAAGAGAUCCUAAUCAGGUUGUACAGCCAGCUCAAUCUUUGCAAUGGCAGCAACUGAAGCAAUUGGAGUUGCGCAGACAGCAAUUAUUACAACAGCAGCAGCAGCAAGUUGCAGGACAACGACCCAAUGCCCAAUCCCAGUUUGCUGCUCAGGCUGAUCCUCUAAAUCAGGUUUCACCUCGAUUGACAGUUCCAACUUCACCACAUCAAACUUUAGCUGUUCCUGCUCAAUAUCAACCUCAGAAUGCACCCAGUAUAUUGUCCCAGACAUCUCCUGGGUCAGUUGCACAUGGUCAACCACCUACACAAGUGACUCCAAAAACAAAAACUGCUUUGGCAAAUUUAUUAAAUACACGUUUGCAGACAACAGGACGAGCAGUGGAGGGUGAAAUUGUCCAACCGCCUCUAAGAACUUCUCAAGUUAUUGCGCAACCUGCUCAAGCAGUCCAGAGAAGAGCCAGUUCUGAUGGUAUAGCUGUUAUACAUCCUCAAGCUCAGAUGCCUGAUCGGUCAGUUAUACCACCAAUUCCACAAAUCAUAUUUUAUGGACAUGAUCCAAAACUAAAUAUUCCUCCUGAUCUAUGUCUUUUGGGUUGUAUAUUUUGUAUUGUUGAUUAUGACAAAUCAGAAGAUUAUGAUCCAGCCGUGUGGAUAAAAAUCAUUGAAAAACAUGGUGGCCAAGUAGAAAGCUCGUACAGUAGCAAGUGCACUCAUGUAAUUUGUGAAAAUACAAAAUCGUUAGUUGUCCAACAGGCUAUAAGAGAAGGCAAACGUUGCAUAACUGCUCAUUGGUUAAAUGAUGUUUUAGAGAAAAAGAAGUUGAAACACCCUUGGCUUGCUCAUCACCUCCCUACUCCAUUUUCUGAUGAUAAGCCUUGUAAAGAUCAGAUAAUUACUAUUACUAAUUUUGAAAACGAGGAAAGGAUAGCACUGAAACAUAUUAUUACCAUCUUGGGUGCCAAAUAUACCAAUUAUAUGACUAGUCACAAUACAGUUAUUAUUUGCAGGAAGAAUGAAGGUAAGAAAGUGAAGAAGGCUCGUGAAUGGAGAAUACCUGUUGUGAAUGUUCAGUGGCUUCAUGAUCUUAUGUUUGGUCAGAUUGAUGCUUUGAGACUAUCCAUGGCACACAAAUAUCAACAAUAUGAUAUGGAAAAUCCUUUUGCUAUUGACUAUGCACUUGCUCCCCACCUUAUGGCUGCUUGGAAAGUCCCCAUUAAAAUCACUGAAGAAUUGAUUAAGAAGCACAAUAUUGAAACUAAAACUCCAGAGUCAGUAGCUAGUACUGAAAAAGAAUCUAAGAAAAGAGAGAAUGAAGAAAAUAUUGAACCAGAAGCUAAGAGGAUAAGAGUUGAAUCCCCUCCCCUGGAGGAAAACAUUCCACUUACCACUCAAAAUCCACCUGAUAAUGAAAAUAAACCUCGAGUUCUAUUUACGGGUGUUACAAAAGUUAAUGAUUUAGCAAAGGUGGUGUUACAACUUGGAGGUUGUAUUGCAAAAUCAGAAACAGAAUGCACUCAUCUCAUUGCCAGUCGUUAUAGUCGCACACAGAAGUUUCUUUGUGCUAUUCAUGUUGUAAAAUAUGUAAUUACACCAAAUUGGAUUACUGAAAGUGAAAAGCAAAAUCAGUUUGUGGAUGAAAAACAAUAUAUAUUAAGAGACACUGAAAGUGAGAAGAUUUAUGGUUUCAAUAUGGAGACAGUAUUAAAUAGAACAGAUAGAACUCUAAUUUUCAAAGAUUAUAUAUUCUUUGUUACUGCUGGUGUAAUUCCCAAGCCUGAUAUAACUAAAGCCAUCAUUGAAGCUGGUGGUGGAAUACCUGUAUAUAAAAAAGCCCCAACUUUAAGACAGAUUAAAUCUAUUGAACAAAGUGGGCGAAAGUUUAUCAUCAUCACGUGUGAUAAUGAUCUUCAUCUCUGCAAAAUGUAUAUGGAAAAAAAAAUCUGUGUGCAGAAUAUAGAAUUCAUUCUAACUGGCAGUAUAAGGCAGGAAUUGGACUUGAGUUCCUUUGUAUACACUUUGUAGAUUUACAGAUUAUAUUUAUUUUUUUCAUAAAACAUAUUUUCAUGCUGUAUAUAUAUAUAUGUUGUGCAAUAAUUAUUCAUUAUUAUAAUUGCAGAUAGUUACUAAAAUA